GGAAGCUGACAGAGACCAGCCUACACUUGAAGAAAUGACAGCCAAAGCUAUUGAAGUGUUGGAACAAAAUCCUAAAGGUUACUUUUUGUUUGUGGAAGGUGGAAAAAUUGAUAAAGCACAUCAUGCCAACAAGGCAAAAUUAGCUUUAGAUGAAACAGCUGAGUUCAGUAAAGCGGUAGCUACUGCACAUGAAUCAACAAACGAAAAAGAUACAUUAAUUGUGGUGAGUGCUGAUCACUCACAUACCAUGUCCGUCGCUGGUUAUGCGCCACGCAGUGAUGAUAUAUUUGGUGUUGGUGCUAUAGCAGAAGAUGAGUUGCCGUACUUAGUAUUAAGUUACGCUAAUGGGCCCAGCUACAAGAAAUUCUUCGAUACAAAGAAAAAUGUACGACUCGAUCCUUCGACGGUGUUGAGUGGCGAUAUUGAUGAUGUUUUCCCCGCUACGGCGCCAAUGGAUUCUGAAACACAUGGCGGUGAAGAUGUACCUGUAUACGCGACAGGCCCUUGGUCACAUUUAUUCAGUGGUGUCUAUGAGCAGAGCACCAUUCCACACCUAAUGGCUUACGCCGGUUGCCUUGGGCAUGGGCAAAAAGCAUGUGAUAAAUAAUAUAACAAGAGUGUUAGAGCAAAGUAUGCUCCUUUUUUCAUAAAACAAAAGCGCUUUAAUCUUAUUUGAUAUUCUUAGUUUAAUUCUUAGUUUAAAUUUUCAUUGUUAGUGAUAUAC